CUUCACGGAGCUGUCAGGAAAAGCUCCUUGGCGCAUACCAGCCCAGCGCCGACCCUCGCGAUGAGCAAAGGAGACCCCAACAAGCCGCGGGGCAAAAUGUCCUCGUAUGCCUUCUUCGUGCAGACCUGCCGAGAAGAGCACAAGAAGAAACACCCAGACUCUUCGGUUAAUUUCGCCGAGUUCUCCAAGAAGUGCUCUGAGAGAUGGAAGACCAUGUCUGCAAGGGAAAAGUCGAAGUUUGAAGGUAUGGCAAAAAGUGACAAAGCUCGCUAUGACAGGGAGAUGAAAAAUUACGUUCCUCCCAAAGGUGAUAAGAAAGGAAAGAAAAAAGAUCCCAACGCCCCUAAAAGGCCACCAUCUGCCGCCUUCCUGUUUUGCUCUGAACAUCGCCCAAAGAUCAAAAGUGAACACCCAGGCCUGUCCAUUGGGGAUACUGCAAAAAAAUUGGGUGAAAUGUGGUCCGAACAAUCAGCCAAAGAUAAACAACCGUAUGAACAGAAAGCAGCCAAGCUAAAGGAGAAAUAUGUAAAGGAUAUUGCCGCAUACCGUGCCAAGGGCAAAAGUGAAGCAGGAAAGAAGGGUCCUGGCAGGCCAACAGGCUCAAAGAAGAAGAAGGAACCAGAAGAUGAGGAGGAAGAGGAGGAGGAGGAAGAAGAUGAGGAUGAUGAGGAAGAGGAUGAAGAUGAAGAAUAAGUGGCUAUUCUGUAAUGUGUGUGGAAUAUGCGUGUGUGCUCAGGUGAUUAUUUAGCUAAGAAUGUGAAUUCAAGUGCAGCUCAGUAUUAGCUUCAGUAUAAAAACUGUACAGAUUUUUGUAUAGCUGAUAAGAUUCUUCGUAGAGAAAAUACUUUUUUUAAAAAAUGCAGGUUGUAGCUUUUUGAGGGGCUACUACAUACAGUUAGAUUUUAAAGCUUUUCAUGUUGAAUGUUUCUAAAUAUUUAAUGGUUUCUUUAAUUUCUUGACUUGUGUAUGGUCGCACAGCAGACUUCUAGGAAUAUAGUAUCAGUAGUAAAUUUUAGGGUUUUCAGGAUGUUGCAUUUUGUUUUUU